AUCCGCAGGCUUCCGCGCGCUCUUCCGGCCAUUCAUACGCCUACUCUGUGAGUCUUGGGAUCCUGAAUUCCGUGUCCAGUCGGACCAGAAGGAGGCUGAGCCGCUAGGAUGAAGCUCGUGAGAUUUUUGAUGAAAUUGAGUCAUGAAACUGUAACCAUUGAAUUGAAGAAUGGAACACAAGUCCAUGGAACAAUUACAGGUGUAGAUGUCAGCAUGAAUACACAUCUUAAAGCUGUGAAAAUGACCCUGAAGAACAGAGAACCUGUACAGUUGGAAACCUUGAGCAUUCGAGGAAAUAACAUUCGGUACUUUAUUCUACCAGACAGCUUACCUCUGGACACAUUACUUGUGGAUGUGGAGCCUAAGGUGAAAUCUAAGAAAAGGGAAGCUGUUGCAGGAAGAGGCCGAGGCCGAGGUAGAGGAAGAGGACGUGGUCGUGGCAGAGGAAGAGGGGGUCCUAGGCGAUAAUGUCUUUCGAGAUUACUGUUUCAAAGUGAUAAAGAACUGGGGGAUAGUUUUUGUACAGGUUUUGUUUGUUUGUCAAUUUUUAAUAAACUUUAAGUGUGGGGGAUGGAGUUUUCUGCUGAUUAUCAAACCAAAGUUUCAGUGUCUCUUAUGUACACAACACAGUAUAUUCAGUUUCUGGCAUCAGUCACAUAAAAUAUAUAUAUGUGCACUGAACAUGCAUUUAAUUUCUUUGAGUACAUUAUAUGGUGCUCCUUUUGAGAUGAAAUAAACUGGUAUUUCAACAGAGUCCUUAUGAGAUGGCAUCUAAAA